GUGUUAUCAUUCGCAUUUGUGCAUUGUGCGAGAAGCCUUAGUUAUCGACAAUGGACAAAUCUGAUGGGCAAAUCACGUGUUUGAACGUGAUACUAGCGUUUUUACGCGAAAGAAGUCCCUGUUAGUCAGUGUGGAUUAUGAACGUACUCUCCAAAUGCACAAUAUGGGGGAUUUCAAGUAUAAUUCUCGCUCUCUUCCAAAUCGUCGAGAUUUAUGGUCACGUGACAGGACUCCCCCGCAACGAGUUCGGGAUGAAAGAGAGUUAUCUAGAGCGCAUGCGUUCAACAACUCUACAGAAUCUUCCGUCAAAAUGGCGUUAACUUGUAAAGUUCAGUAUUUAGAUGACACCGAUCCUUUCGCCAGUACAAAUUUUCCUGAACCCACAAGGCCUCCAACAUACACAUUCCAUCUGAAUAUACCACUUUUUCAGCAAAUCGGCGGACUCCAUCGGCUGUUGUCUGCUCCGCAUAGCAUCGACGAUGUGGCGCUGCAGCUGUCCCACAAUGGAUGUUAUUUGGAUUUGGAAAGCUCCCUGGAGGAGCAAGCCGAUUUAUUGGAAGGCUUUCUAGACAGUCGUAAAAACACAAUAAUUCUACGGACGGCUAUGUCGGUUCGCGUGCACAACUGUAUAGCUAAACUACUUGCAGCAUCGGGAAGAGAGCUUAGGAGAGCCUUGUUUUCAUUGAAGCAAAUUUUUCAGGAUGAUAAGGAUCUUGUGCAUGAGUUCGUAAACUCCGAUGGAUUGAGUGCACUGAUAUCAGUUGGACAGGAUGCUGAUCAAAACUAUCAGAACUACAUCCUUAGAGCAAUUGGUCAGAUAAUGCUGUAUGUCGAUGGAAUGAAUGGUGUUAUCAACCACAGUGACACUAUACAGUGGCUUUACUCUCUCACAGCAUCUAGGUUCCGUCUUGUGGGAAAAACUGCACUUAAACUUCUUCUUGUGUUCGUGGAGUAUACAGAAUCUAACUCAAGAGUGUUGUAUGAGGGUAUUCAAGCUGUAGAUAGUAAUCAAGGUGUCAGAGAAUGGGCUGAAAUCAUAGGAAUUAUGACAGAUAAAGAAACUCAAGGAGAUGAAGAGGUUCUAAUCUAUGCUAUGACAUUAAUUAAUAAGGUUUUGUAUGCAACUCCAACUCAAGAUGGGUUUUAUGAUAUAACUGAUGCAUUGGAAGAACAAGGAAUGGAACAGAUUAUAAAGAUGCAUCAAAAACGCACUGGAACAAAUAUUGACUUGAUGGAACAGUUUAACAUUUAUGAGACGGCACUCCGAAUUGAAGAUGGUGAUGAAGAAUUCCCUGCGUUUGGAACCUCUCCAUCAAUAAGACAAAGAAGAAGGGCAACAUCGUAUGCUACAGGUGACAGAAGACGGAGUCGACGACAUAACUCAGUCAGCCAAAUUGACGUAUCAUCCAUCAAAAAGGACAACCUCCUGGCUCCUCCAGGAACCAAAAUCAGGGAGGGCUCGAUGCAUAAGGUUGCCAGUGCACCUAAUGUGGGUACCGCUGUGAAAGUGGAGCCCCCUUCGUCGCCUGUUAAGACAUCAGCAAGUACAACACCAUCAUCGUCAACAGAGUCAGAAUUGGAUGAGAAAACUAAAAAUCGUUUAGCAAGAAAGGAGCGCCGCGCCGCCAGACGAGCUGCCCUGGGAAUAGCUGAACCAGAAACAGAAGCGUCCAUAUCUAGUAGGAAUGACAGAGGCAGACCGCGAUCUGACAGCAAAAACAACACAAAUGACAGCAACCACCUGGAGGUGUCUUCACCACCUAGCGACAGAACACGGUCACCUCGUUCGUCUCCUCGAUCAUCGCCACGCCCUUCCCCUAGAAACUCCCCCACACUUGGCCGGAGGAGAUUCAAGUUUGAGGAGCCACAAGUAGAGGAGAAACCAGGUUAUAAAUCAAAAGGGCAUAGAGAAGAAACUCCUCGAACGCACGAAGAUCUAGGAAGACAACCGAAGGCUGAAGUGUUGAGUCACAGGAAACAACUCACAGAGCACAAAGAAGAAAAAUCUUCGCAUAGAAAGGAUUUAAAUGUUUCGACAGUGAGUAAGAAAAAGACUCCUGAUGUAAAGAGAGACAGCAGUAGGGAAUGUUUGACAAACAACGUAGAUAUUAAUGGAUCUUCAGAUCAAAGAACUAGUGAUGAAAGUGAGGACACUGACGAUAAACUUGGUUCUAGCAUGGACGAUUUGCAUAAUAAUAACGACCAUAUAGAAACUGUACGGUCCUCGGAAGAACAUAUCAACAGACGCGCUAGCUCAGGCAGUUCUUCAAAUGAUGGAAGGCGACCCAGUAUUGUAGAUCCGGAAAAACGAUCGAGUGUUUGUGAAGGUUUUCCCGGAUUCCCCAAUAAAAAGAUGAUGUUAUCCAUGUUAUACGGACAAAAGUCCGUAGAUGAUGGGGAUAGGAAAAACAUGGAUGGUACUUUGUCUCCUGGAGGAGAUUCAGUGCAGGAAAGGAAGCAGCAGCUGAUGUCCGGAGGCAACGAUGAAGCCGGGCAGAGGCCAUCAGAAUUACUUGCAGUUGAUCAUUUAGUUUCUGAGGCUGUUAAAAGAUUGAGUGGAUGUGUUGAGGUCGACGAGGAAAAUGAGACACCCUCUAGUACUCCGGAGGGAAAUUUUGAAGGACUCGUGGAGAAAGCAAAGUCUGGGCUUACAAAACAGCCAACCAUUGACAAACCUGAUCCGGCUGCGGAGGAGGAAGCUAGAAAACAGGAAGAACUACGGAAGAAACAAGAGGAGGAACGUAAAAGACAGGAGGAGGAAGCUGCCAGAAAAGCCGCCGAAGAAGCUGCUAUACAAAAGGAACUAGAAUGGGAGAAAAUGAUCAUACUGAAAAGGAAACUCAUUGUAAACGAAUUCAACUUCACUGAGUUAGAGGAUGAUGAAGAUGAACUUUUGGACAGUACGUCUUCUAAAGCAGAUGAAACAGAUGCCCAUCCUCAUCAGGGAGUUCCCAUGUUUGGAAUACCUGUACCCCCACCCCCCAUUGCUGGUGGGGCCCCGCCUCCCCCGCCGCCCCCUGGAGGUGCUGCUCCUCCUCCCCCUCCCCCGGGACUACCCAAGGCACCCUUUUUAAAUGAUUCUAAUCCGAAGAAAAAAUUGGUUCGUUUAUUUUGGCAAGAGGUUAAGAAUUCUCCUCUUAUAAACGGUGUUAACAAGACAAUCUGGGGAAGUAUUGAUUCAGUGGAUGUUGACACCAAAAAACUGGAACAUUUGUUUGAGAACAAGACGACUGCUAAAGUAAAGAAAUGCGAGGGGGAUGACAAAGACAAAAAGAAGGAAAUAGUUGUUCUGGAAAUGAAGCGAUCUCAAGCGAUUAACAUCGGGUUGACGAAGUUACCACCGAUCAGAGCUUUGAAGCAAGCUAUUUUGGCGAUGGACAGCGCCGUGAUCGAUAGAGAGGGAAUUGAUAAAUUGCUCCAGUUGCAACCUACGGUGGAAGAGAAAACUAAGAUACAGGAGGCGCACAUGUCAAACCCAGACGUGCCUUUGGGAACAGCUGAGCAGUUCUUGUUAACAAUGUCUUCCAUAAACGAACUGGCGCCGCGUUUGCAUCUGUGGGCCUUUAAACUUGACUAUGAUCAGCUAGAAAGGGAAGUAGCGGAGCCUUUCAUGGACUUAAAGGAGUCUGUACAAGAACUGCGUAACAACGAGACCUUCAAGCACAUUUUGGCCACUCUUCUUGCCAUAGGAAACUUUUUAAAUGGAAAAAAGGUGAAGGGAUUCCAGUUGGACUAUCUGGCUAAAGUGCCAGAAGUAAAAGACACAGUGCACAAGCAGUCAUUAUUAUAUCACUUGUGUUGUAUGGUAAUGGAGAAAUUUCCAAACUCCACUGAUUUUUACAGCGACUUGGGAGCCUUACAUCGCUCGUCCAGGGUGGAUUUUGAUGUGGUAAUGGAUAACUUGAAGAAACUGCGUGAAAACUGUAAAAAGUCUUGGGAAUAUUUGAGUAUUGUUGCCAAACAUGACAGUACCAAACAACUCAAAAGCAAAAUGAGUGAAUUCUUAGCAGACGCUCAAGAGCGUAGCACCAUCCUCAAAGUUGUCCACAGAAGGGUAAUUAACAGAUUUCACAAGAUGCUGUUGUACCUUGGGCUGCAGUCAAGCGUAGCGAACAAGACCAAGGUCAAUGAGUUUUGCAAAAUUAUAAGUGAGUUCUCCCUGGAAUACCGAACCACCAGGGAACGUGUGAUCCAGAUGAAAAAGAAGAAGGAGAACAUGAGAGAACGUAGCAAGACGAGAGGAAAGCUUAUAACAGAAACAGAGUCUUACUCAGUAGCCGCCAAGGUAUCCGCUGAAGAAAACAUAGAAGCAUUCCGUAAAGCUCUCAUAUCCAAUGGAGAUGAAACGGAUAACGCGAGAGAGAAGUUAAAAAGCGCCACACUGCCUGGAACACGGAACAGGAUCAAAAGUGCUGGUCCCUCUCGCACUAAUUCAGGGGUACAAACACUAGAUGAAUUUCCAGACGACACCACUGAUGAAGUUAUCAACACACUGGCAAAGUCGGCGACAGUUCCGGAUUCAAGAACACGGCAGGGUAGAAAGCGACCCAGGGCUUCCAAUAGAAAAUCAGCACGAAGGACGCUGAAGAGUGGAAUAAGUCCCGAAGAUAUGGAAAAGCUCACUAAACAGUAUUUGAAUAAUAUGGAAACGAAAUGACCCUUGUUAACUUAAUUUAAACAGAAUUUAUCAGUAAUUAUAUUUUAUACAAAGAAAUAGUCUUAUGUGAUAGUAAAAUACAAGGCAGGCUGUUCAAAACAUAGGUUCAUGAGGGAUUUUUUUGUAGCGACAGCGAACGAGCAGUGUUAUUUGGAGAUUUGUACAUAAAAUGUGACUUUUAGGACAUUGUAAAGUUUGUUUCUUUUCCCAUGUUGAUAUCAAUAAUGAAUUGUAGAUUUUAACCUACUGACGGUUGUUUAGUUGAUCUAUUUUCAUACUAUUUGUACAUUUCACCUGUAAUAUAUUUCUAUCAACUAAAGCUUCCAGCAGAAUAGUUUGAGCAGACACAAAUCUCCUUUACCCUCGAAAGAUAAACAAGCAAUGUUUUCACUCCUUUUAUUCUCUUACAAAGUACAUAAACAAAUUUGUAAUUAUGAACAGUCAGAUUUGUUAUAAAUCAUGACAAACACGUUUCAUGAUAGUUUGUAAAUUCCGCGUGAUUUCAUGACUCACAGUGAACUUGAAUGGCACAAAAAUAAGUUGAUGAACCAAACAUUGUUUUAAUCUUUUUGUCUCCUGAUUUCCACGAAUGAUCAUUGUUCGAUUUUUCUCACAACUAGUCCAAAAAGGUGUGGACUUUAACCCUUAAACUCCCAAGAUGUGAUUAUGAAUUCUCUCCUCUAGCUGCUACACAUUUCCUUUUAAAUUGGU